UCAAGACCUCAAAGAAAGGUGUGCUACAGAUGAAAGCCCUGUGUGAACUGCACUUGGAUGUCUGCAGUGAAUUUACUCCAGCGAUGAGUUUGUAAAAUAGUCUCCCCGGAGUCAGCCCCCUAACAAGCGAGCCUUAGGCAGCUGUGACAUAAAAUCAGCCCUCUCCAGCCUGCAGGCGGUCCCUGAGGGUCUGCAGCUGCCCCAAGGGUAGGGCCAGCUGCUGACCGAGAGGGCAGCGCUGGGGCGGAGCCUGGGCCGGGAGCGCGCUCGGACCCGCGCCCUUUCCCGCCGCCGGCGCGCUGGGGACGUGAGUCUUUGUACAGUCAGGGUUCCUGCUGGGCUGGGCCAGCUGUUAAUCCUCCAGGCGGACACCGGGGCGGUGGGCAGAGGUGGCAUAGAGGUGACGUCGGCUGGUGAGAAACACCUAGCACAGGUAAAAGGGUGGCGGCGAGAGGGAGUGCCCACCUGAUGCGCUCCUCAAGAAAUGAAGGCUUAAGAGAAGACGAAGGAGGGGCCGACCGGUGUCUUUCCGACGCUCCUGGAGCCCCACCCUCGGCCAGAGGAAAAGCCCCUUGAGUGAGAGGCAGACACUUCAGAGAAACCUAGAAGAAAAGCGCCUCUUUCCGCGCUCCGCCGGCGCCGCCUCGCACUCCCGCUGCGCCGCGGCCGAGCCCUCCCAGCCCGGCCUCCGGGUGCCCCGGCCGGCGACCUGCCCCGAGCGCGCCCAUGGCGGCAGCCCCAGCCUCGCGUUUCCGGAGCGGAGCCCUCUGCCGGCGGCUGCUGCUGACCCUCGCGAUCUUAGUGUUUUCCUGUGAUGCUUGCAAAAAAGUGACACUACAUGUUCCCUCCAAACUAGAUGCCGAGAAAUUUGUUGGUAGAGUUAACCUGAAGGAGUGCUUUGAAUCUGCAAAUUUAAUUCAUUCAAGUGAUCCUGAUUUCCAAAUUUUAGAAGAUGGUUCCAUCUAUACUACAAAUGCUAUCCUUUUGUCCUCAGAGAAGAGAAACUUUACCAUAUCACUUUCCAACACUGAGAACUUGGAAGAGAGAAAAAUACUGGUCCUUUUAGAGCAUCAAACAAAGGUACUAAAGCAAAGUCAUUCUAAAGAAAAAGUUCUGAAACGCGCCAAAAGAAGAUGGGCUCCGAUUCCUUGUUCAAUGGUAGAGAAUUCCUUGGGUCCUUUCCCGCUUUUUCUUCAACAGGUUCAAUCUGAUACAGCACAGAACUACACUAUAUACUAUUCUAUAACAGGGCAUGGAGUUGACCAAGAACCCAAGGAUUUAUUUUCUAUAGAUAGAGAUACUGGAAACCUGUAUUGUAAUCAUCCUGUAGACCGUGAGCAGUAUGAGUCGUUUGAGAUAGUUGCCUUUGCAACAACUCCAGAUGGAUACAAUCAAGAAUUUCCACUGCCUCUAGUAAUCAAAAUUGAGGAUGAAAAUGAUAACUACCCAAUAUUUACAGAAGAAAUUUAUAUAUUUACAGUUGCCGAAGGCAGCAGAAUUGGUUCUACCGUGGGACAGGUAUGUGCAACUGACAAAGAUGAACCUGACACGCUGCACACGCGCCUGAGGUACUCCAUCCUCCAGCAGUUACCAGCAUCACCCACCCUGUUUUCUAUGCAUCCUACUACAGGCGUGAUCACCACGACAUCAUCUCAGCUAGAUAGAGAGGUAAUUGAUAAGUACCAGUUGAAAAUAAAAGUACAGGACAUGGAUGGUCAAUAUUUUGGUUUGCAGACGACUGCAAGUUGCAUCAUUCAGAUUGAAGAUGUGAAUGACAACUUGCCAACAUUUACCCGUACUUCUUAUGUGACAUCAGUGGAAGAAAAUACAGUUGAUGUGGAAAUCAUACGUGUUAGCGUUGAGGAUAAGGAUUUAAUCAAUACCGCUAAUUGGAGAGCUAAUUAUACCAUUUUAAAGGGCAAUGAAGAUGGAAAUUUCAAAAUUGUAACAGAUCCCAGAACCAAUGAAGGAGUUCUAUAUGUCAUUAAGCCACUGAAUUUUGAAGAAAGACAACAGGUGACCCUGCAGAUCGGUGUAGUUAAUGAAGCUCCAUAUUCUAAAGACUUUGGUUCAAAAUCAGCCAUGAGCACGGCAACGGUUAUUGUGAAUGUGAGAGACCAGGAUGAGGGCCCCGAGUGUCUCCCUCCAGUACAAACCGUUCGAAUUAAAGAAAACGCACCAGUGAGGACUGAGAUCAAUGGCUAUAAGGCCUAUGACCCAGAAACAAGAAGCAGCAAAGGCAUCAGCUAUAAGAAAGUAAAUGAUCCAAAAGGCUGGGUCACUGUGGAUGAAAACACGGGAUCAAUCACAACUUUCAGAAGCUUGGAUAGAGAGGCGGAGUCUAUCACAAAAGGUGUAUAUAAUGUUACAAUCCUUGCGUCAGACAGAGGUGGAAGAACAUGUACUGGGACGCUGGGAAUUAUCCUUGAAGACGUGAAUGAUAAUGGCCCAUUAAUACGUAGACAAACAGUGAUAGUCUGCAAACCUGUCAUGUCCUCCGCAGAGAUUGUUGCUUUUGAUCCUGAUGACGUUAUAAAUGGCCCACCCUUUAGCUUCAGUUUGGAGAGUGUUCCUGAUUCAGACAUACAGAGAACGUGGAGACUGACAAAAAUUAAUGAUACAGCAGCACGUCUUUCAUAUCAAAAUGACCCUCCAUUUGGAUCAUAUUCAGUGCCUGUCAGAGUUGCAGAUAAACAUGGCCUGUCCCGUAUCACUCCAUUGAACGUUGUAGUGUGUGACUGUGUUACAGAAGAUGACUGCACAAGCCGCAUAGACUCAAGGACAGCUGGUGGUGCAGAAAUAAAACUUGGAAAGUGGGCCAUCCUUGCAAUAUUGUUGGGCAUAGCCUUGCUGUUUUGUAUCUUAUUUACCUUAGUCUGUGGGGCUACUGGGGCAGGCAAAAAGCCGAAAGCAAUUCCUGAGGACGUAGCCCAGCAGAACCUCAUUGUGUCAAACACUGAAGCUCCUGGAGAUGACAAAGUGUGUUCUGUGAAUGGCUUCACAACACAUGCUGUAGGCUGUUCGGCUCAGGGAGUCUGUGGUACUAUGGGAUCAGGAGUGAAAAAUGGAGUGCAGGAGACCAUUGAAAUGGUGAAAGGAGGACACCAGACCUUGGAACCGUGCCAGGGGGCCGGCCAUCAUCACACGCUGGAAUUGUGUAAGGGAGGUGGACAGCACACCCUGGAUUCCUGCAGAGGAGGCAUCGUGGAGGUGGACAACAGCAGAUGCACUUACUCGGAGUGGCAUUGUUUCACUCAGCCCCGUCUUGGUGAAAGGGUACAGCUUUGUGAUCAAGAUGACAAUCAUAAGCAUGCUCAAGACUACGUCCUUACGUACAACUACGAAGGAAAGGGAUCGGUGGCGGGCUCUGUAGGCUGUUGCAGUGAACGACAGGAAGAAGAUGGACUUGAAUUUUUGGAUCAUUUGGAACCCAAAUUUAGGACACUAGCAGAAACGUGCAUAAGGAGAUGAGUGCAUUCUAAUAAGUCUACAAAAGUCAGUGGCUUUAUCACUUUUUUUUUUUUUCAACUUAAAAGCCCGGACAUUUUAAAACUAGAAAAUACAGUGUUUGGGGCUUUUCCCCCAUUAUUUUGAUAGGAUCUUCAUAGGAUAAUGCACAUUUAUUGAGAAAUGCUGUAAAUAAUUGCACAAAUUUCCCAAUUCUUCCUCAGUUUUCAAUUGCUUGUCUUCACCCAAACAAAUCUACAGAAAUAGAAAUAUUAAGGAAGUCUGUGUUAUUGUUUACAUAUGGGUAUAGUAACAACAGCCAAUUUAUAGUGCAAUAAAAUAGAAUUAAUUUAAGUCUGUAUCAUAGACUACUUAAAGUACAACCUAAUAGAAAACUGUAGAGAUCUUGCUUUAACAUGAUCUCCAAUUACCUAGUUAAUUAAUUGUGUGUGUGGUGCUUGAAGACUGUUCUCCUAAGCAUUCUAAAGUAUGUAUACUACAUUCUUAAUAUCGGUUUAUUCUUGUAACAUGACCUUUCUUCAUAAUGCAAAGGGAGACUCCCCACCAGGCACUGACUGUUAUUACACUUCCAUUUUGGUGGAGUUUAGUUUCUAGGUUGUAUUCUAUAUGAAAUCCUAUACUGAGUCUACAUUUCCUCUGUUACCAACCUUGUCAGCAAAAUUUAAGUUUAGAAAAUCCUUUAAGAAUGUAAUUUUACUCCUGCAAGGUUUUGCGCGCUCUCUCUCUCCUCCUCUCCCUCUCUCUCCCUCCCUCCCUCUCCCUCUCCCUGCGCCCCCUUCUUUC